AGCAAGAUGGCCGCGUCCGUUUGAAAAAGUGUAUGCGCGUAUUUUGGUUUCCAGUCCCUUUUCUUGCGUUUUUUUGUAAUUAGCGUUAGGUUUAGGUCUUUUAAGCGUGCAACAACAAAAAGCAGCGAAAUUUAAAGAAGAUUAAAAAUAACAGACAAGGACUCCCAGAGCCAGCCACUGACAUUCAUGAACAGAAAUAAUGCUGAUAUCUGAAACCCAUGUCGAACGUCUAUGAAGAGAGAGCCACAAUGAUAGCCGCAGGGGAAUUGCAGUGGUUUGUUCCGUUUGGCCGUGAGCACUGCAAAAGCCACCCGAGCGCCGUGAACCUGCAGCUGCGGCAGCUACAACCCGCCUCGGAGCUGUGGUCUUCGGAUGGGGCAGCCGGUCUUGUCGGCUCCCUCCAAGAGGUCACCUUGCAGGAGAGGGACAAGGAAUGCUGGCAGCUGAGGAAGGGGGUUGGUCCCGCCGAUAAUGAGGUGGAGUUUGAGGAGGAGCUCUACGCAGCGGGGAACAUGGUGAUCUGGAGCCGAGGAAGCAAGAAUCAGGCCUCCUAUGUCUACAAGGCCUUUACCGUGGAUAGCCCAGUUCAGCAGGCUUUGUGGUGUAACUUCACUGUACCCCAGAACAAAAAGGAUGGCACAGAGGUUGUGGAGCAGACUGUGUGUAUUGUCCAGAACACCUGUGUCAAUGUUCACAGUGUCAGUGGGAAAGACUUCAUCUCCCCGCUGCCUUUUCAAGUUUCUACUCUUUGGCCCACCAAGUUUGGCCUCCUGUUUGAACGCAAGAACGUUGCGUCCGAAGAUCCCGUGAGUCCUCCGAGGGAGCCCCUGCCCACUGUCUUCAGCAUGCUGCACCCUCUGGAUGAGAUCGCCCCUGUGGUCUGCAGGUCUGCAGGUCCAUUCGAAGCUUCCCGGGUGCACUAUGUCUCCGACAGCACUCUCAGGAUUGUGUUCAGCAGCUGCCAGCCCUCUGUCAUCAUGACGUAUGACACAGUGCAGUGCACGCACACUGUCUGGGCCUUGCGCAAGGUCACUGCUGAGGAGCAGUCCAUGGUGCUGAAAUAUGCACACCAGGUGACCACACCGCAGAACCUGAUGGUGCCUGGGAUCUUGAGCUUGCAUCUGCGCGGCAUAUCCAAGAUGGACUCGCCGGCCUCACCCUUCCACGGUUACUCCCUUCAAGGCCAGAGCCGCAUGACCUCGUCUCCAGGACUGCACUCACGCACCCACUCCCCAAGCAUCUCCAACAUGGCGGUCCUAAGUCGGGCCCACUCCCCCGGUAUGGCAACACCCUACUUCUCCGGCUCUCAACGCUUCAAUGCCACGUGCCACUCGCUGUUGGGACGGGCACAGAGCCUGCUGGCAUCACCCAACAGUUCCUUCAGUGACUCAACCGCAGCCCCGGAGGCGGAGCCUAUAGUCCCGGAACUCUGCAUCGAGCAGCUGUGGACAGAGGCCUUGCCGAGCUACAGGCCUGACGUGUCUCCCAGGGAGAAGAGCUGCCAGGCUUCCAAGGUGUUCAUCACAACUGACCUGUGCGAGAACAAGUUCCUGUGCUUCCUUGUAGAGUCGCACCAGCAGCUGCGGUGUGUGAAAUUCUUUGAAAGCAACGACCCCUCUCAGCUAAUAUUUGUCGCUGCCACCACCCUCCCUGCCAAAGAUGCUGCCCCUUUGGAGAACAAUGAUGCCAUGCUGGUUUUGGAGGCCAAUGGAAGCCUGGUGUUAUACACUGGAGUAUCUAGGGUAAGCAAGGUGUUUGUGUCGGGCCUGUUGGCCCCUUCCCUGGGUCUGUCCUCCACCACGUCUCAGCCCUGCACCCCUGUGGAGACCAUCAGCACCCCAGCCAAGGCUGUGGGGAGACACCUUAGCUGCUUGGAGGAGGUGGUGAUGCCCUCUCCUGUAUCAGAACUGAAGGGCUCCACAAAACACCAUGAGUCCUCUUGGUCAUGGCCAGAGGAUUGUACCUUCCAGCAGGGGGCUCCACAUGUGCUCGCACUCCGGGAUCCAGUGCACAACAGGGUCACCUUGGAGCUGAGUAACGGCGCUAUGUUGAGGAUCACCGUUCCUGGGAUUGCCACGUCAGAGCUGGUGAAGAAGUGCUUGCAGGCCAUCAAGUUCAUCCUGCCCAAGGAGACAGCGGUGAAGGUGCUGAUCAAAUGGUACAACAUCUACAAUGCGCCAGGAGGGCCCAGUUCCCACCUGGAGUGGAACCUAUUCCUCACCUGCUUUAUGACACUCAUGGGCUACAACACGGACCGGCUGUCCUGGACACGCAACCUUGACUUUGAAGUUCCCCUCUCACCCGUGAUCGCACCCAAGAAGGCCAGACCCUCAGAGAUGGGGUCAGAUGAUGACUGGGACUACCAGCUGGGCUCCGACUAUCACAACCAGGUGGAGUCGCGGCGGCUGGCGAGCUCGCUCCAUCUUGAGCCGCUGGCGGCGACGCCAUGCAUGGAUGACCUCUCUGCCCCGCCGCAGCUGGACCCCUCGGCCCCGUUGUUCCCUCACCUGCCUGCUGUCUUCUUCGUGCUCCACCUGGUCUACGAGGAACUCAAGCUGGACGACCUGAUGAGGAAGGGUGCACGCUCACUUGUCGUUAUGCUGCAGCAGCUCGCCAGGGAUCUACAGCUAAAGGAAUACAUCGAUAUGUACUGGCGAGAUUAUCCCUCGUUCAUCAAAGCGUUCAAGGAGUGCUGUGUGAUCGAUGCUGCCCCUGCAGCUCAUACGGAGCAGAUGAUCCGGCCCUCCUUCUUCCAGACGGAGCCGCCCUGUGUCUUCAGGUGGCUCAGCAGCUGUCUUAGGGGUAAUGCGGUGACGCCCUUUCCAUACCUGCCGGGAAUCUGUGAAAGGACUAAACUACUGGUGCUGAGUUUCGCCCUGUACGUCAUCGGUGACCACAGCGCCGUGACCAGCGACAUGUCCAAGUACCUGGCGAAGGUCUCUGCAGGGCAGAAGAAACACGCAGAUGACCAGCUUCUGAGAAGACAAAGUAGCAUAAAACCCAAUGUUCCGUGCUGCAGCCUGGCUGAGAAGCUUGUCACCUGGUUAACAUCAUCAGGGUUCACGCUUAAAGACCUAGAAUCCGUCCCUUUCGGCGUGGCUCUGCCGAUACGUGACGCCAUCUACCAGUGCCGCGAGCAGCCGUGCUCCGAUUGGCCAGAGGAUGUUUGCCUGCUGAUUGGACGACAGGACCUCACCAAGCAAGCGCACAAAGCGACACUGUUGGCCCGAAACAAAUCCUCGGUAGGCACAGGGCUGACGCCAGAGGCCCCUGCGGCCAGCGAGGCGGACGAUGAGGAGGACGGCAUGGGUGACGUGGACCAGGAGGUGACACGCCUUAUUUGGAGUCGUGACUUGCGAGUGCAGGAGGUCCGCCGGCUGCUGCAGAGCUCGCGACCCGUUCGCGUCAAUGUGGUGCACCUUCCUGAGGUCAGCGACCACGAGUACAUCGAGGAGAAGGAGAACAAGCUGCUGCAGCUCUGCCAACGGACCAUGGCUCUGCCAGUGGGUCGAGGGCUGUUCACACUCUUCUCCUACCACCCGGUGCCCACAGAGCCUCUGCCGGUGCCCAAGCUCAACCUGACGGGCCGCGCCCCGCCCAGGAACACCACGGUGGACCUGAACAGCGGCAACAUUGACGUGCCGCCGAACAUGACCAGCUGGCCGAGUUUCCACAACGGCGUGGCGGCCGGCCUGAAGAUAGCACCCGCCUCGCAGAUCGACUCAGCCUGGAUCGCCUACAACAAGCCCAAGAGCGCUGAGCUGGCCAAUGAGUACGCCGGCUUCCUCAUGGCACUGGGCCUCAACGGCCACCUCACGAAGCUGGCCACACUGAACAUUCACGACAACCUCACCAAGGGCCAUGAGAUGACGAGCAUCGGGCUGCUUCUGGGCGUGUCGGCGGCCAAACUGGGCACCAUGGACAUGUCCAUCACGCGACUGCUGAGCAUCCACAUCCCUGCCCUGCUGCCGCCCACCUCCACGGAGCUGGACGUGCCACACAACGUGCAGGUGGCUGCCGUCGUGGGCAUCGGCCUGGUCUACCAGGGCACGGGCCACCGCCACAACGCCGAAGUCCUUCUCGCCGAAAUCGGGCGUCCCCCUGGCCCUGAGAUGGAGUACUGCACUGACAGGGAGUCCUACUCUCUUGCUGCUGGACUGGCGCUUGGUAUGGUCUGCCUGGGGCAUGGCAGUAACCUGAUAGGCAUGAGUGACCUCAACGUGCCCGAGCAGCUGUACCAGUACAUGGUGGGGGGGCACCGGCGCAGCCACGCCGGCGUCAACCGUGAGAAACACAAGUCGCCCAGCUACCAGAUCAAGGAAGGUGACACCAUAAAUGUGGACGUUACCUGUCCAGGAGCAACACUUGCCCUGGCCAUGAUCUACCUGAAAACCAACAACAGGUCUAUAGCUGAUUGGUUGCGAGCUCCAGACACAAUGUUCCUGCUAGACUUCAUCAAGCCAGAGUUCCUGCUCCUGAGGACCUUGGCACGAUGCCUCAUCAUGUGGGAGGAGAUUCUGCCCACUGAAGAGUGGAUCAACAGCAACGUGCCGCAGAUUAUCCAAGUCCCAGCCUCAGAGGAUGUAAAUGUGGAAACUCUUGCCCAGGCCCAUGACUACAUCAUAGCAGGAGCUUGUAUGGCAGUGGGCUUCCGGUUUGCCGGCUCUGCCAAUUCAGACGCAUUUGAGUGUUUGUACAAGUUUGCAAGGAACUUCAUGCAGUGUUUGACGUCCUCUACACCCACCGUAAUGGGCCACUACAACCUGCAAACAUGUCUGAGUAUGGUUCUACUGUCACUCUCCAUGGUUAUGGCUGGCUCAGGGAACCUCCGUGUGCUGCAACUCUGCCGCUUUUUGCACAAACGGACCAGCGGAGAGAUGAACUACGGCUUCCACAUGGCCCACCACAUGGCGCUGGGCCUUCUCUUCUUGGGUGGUGGCAGGUACACGCUGAGCACUUCCAACUCGGCCAUCGCCGCACUGCUCUGCGCUCUCUACCCCCAUUUCCCAGCACACAGCACUGACAACAGGUAUCACCUGCAGGCCUUGAGGCACCUGUGCGUACUGGCUGCAGAGCCCCGCCUCCUGGUACCUGUGGACGUGGACACAUGCAAACCCUGCUACGCUUUGCUGGAGGUCACCUACAAGGCGACGCAGUGGUAUGAGGAGACCACCGUGGAGCUGAUGGCCCCCGCCUUGCUGCCAGAGCUGCACCUCCUUGAACAGGUCAAGGUGAAAGGUCCCCGGUACUGGGAGCUGGCCAUCGACAUCAGCAGAGGAACACAGCAUCUGCAGUCCAUCCUGAUUCGCGACGGUGUGCUCUACGUCAAGCUCCGCGCCGGCCAGCUGCCGUACAAAGAUGACCCGCGGGGCUGGAAGAGUCUGUUGGCUCCCAGUGUCAACAACCGCAACCCAGAAGUGCGCACCUUCAAGCCCGAAGCCAUCUCGACUUUCACCUCUGACGCAGCCCUGGUUUCGUUCGCAGAGUAUUUCUGCAAACCUGCCGAGAACAUGAAACACAAACAGGACACGUUGGCCUUGUUCUCUGCAAUUCUCUACGAGUGUGUGACGCAGGAGAACCCCGAGAUGCUGCCAACAUAUAUCGCGAUAGAUCAGGCGGUGCAGAGCCUGCAGCGGGGCGAGAUGUGCGAGACCUUCGCCCUGUGGCAGAUCAAGCUGGUCCUGGAGCUGUGCGAAUCGCGUGUGCUGCAGGAACGCCGGCGGGAUCCCCGGGGGGCGCGGGGCCUGCUGCUCAGCUCAGAGUUCCUGCCUGUCAUGAAGUGCUCUGCUGACCACGCCCUGGACCGCUGGCUCUAUGAUAACAGGCAGGCUUUGCGGUCCUACGUGAGCGGCCAGCCCUUCGCGGACGAGUGGGACACCAGCAUGCUCGCCUGUUUCCUCGUCUACCACUCCAUCCCUAGCGUGACCAAGAUGGCGGCCACCGACCUGGAAGAGAACUCCUCGUUCCCCGAGCUGCUGCUCAGGUUCACCCAGCUGGGGGUCCCGGUGCGGGCUUUGCUGCGAGUCGCCCCCCUGCUGCUGAAGAACGCCGACCCCUCCAUGGGCAACGGCGUUGCCUGCGCGAUUCCCAUCUUCUGACGCAGCGCCUUGGCACCCUUCGUGCUGUUCCCCAACUGCCCAACAACACACAUUUCUUAAUAUUAUUAUAAUAUUGUAUAUAAAAUGUUUGUACGUAUGAUCAAACUUGAAAAUGUAGAAAUAAAAAGGU